AAAACAUAACGUUUCAUGCUUGAUAGAAAUUUUAUAUAUCAUGUCCUCAAUAUUUUUCAGGCUCGUGUCAGGACGAAAACCGUGAAAAAGGCAGCUCGUGUAAUUAUUGAAAAGUAUUACACAAAGCUCACACUUGAUUUCCACACAAACAAGAGAGUUUGUGAAGACAUUGCAAUCUUACCAAGCAAGAAACUUCGCAACAGAGUAGCAGGGUUUCUUACCCAUUUGAUGAAGCGUAUCCAGAGAGGGCCAGUCCGUGGUAUCUCCAUCAAGUUACAGGAAGAAGAGAGAGAACGCAGAGAUAACUACGUGCCAGAGAUCUCUGUACUUGAACAGAAUGACAUCAUUGAGGUUGACCCUGAUACAAAGGAAAUGUUGAAGUUGUUGGACUUUGCAAACAUCCCAGGUCUGCAGGUGACAGCACCAAUCACACAGAUGGGCGCCCAAGGCGGUAACCAACAGGUUGGGUUUGGAAGACAGCCACGCUAAUUCCAUUGUUUUGUACAAAGAAGAAAAAAAAUAAAGCAAAAAAAGACAA